GGGUUAAACCCUGUCGCCCGCCGCCUCCGCCCCGGGCUGGGUCGUCGAUCACGUGACGCCAGGUUGCAAUUGGAGCCCCGUCAGCUGAUCCGACAGUCACAGGAUUCUGCCGGAGCGCUCGCUCAUUGCCCGGAUAAAGGCGCGGGCAGGGGGCGGCUGCCCGAUCACUUCGCAGCGCAGCAGCGGCCAGGCUGGGAGCCAUGGAACCACGCGCCUCCGCCCUGCUCCUGGCCCUCCUCCUGGGCUCCUGCUCGGCGCUGAUCAGAAUCCCACUGACCAAGUUCCCCUCAGUUCGCCGCAUCCUAAAUGAAGCUGGGAGCGAAAUCCCCGAUCUGAAUGCCAUGGGCGAACUCCUGAAAUACAAGCUGGGUGUUCCUGGCGUAGGGGAGCCCACUCCGGAAACCCUAAAGAACUACAUGGAUGCGCAGUACUACGGCGAGAUUGGCAUUGGGACCCCACCGCAAAAGUUCACCGUGGUCUUUGACACUGGCUCAUCCAACCUCUGGGUGCCCUCUGUUCAUUGCCACCUCCUGGACAUUGCAUGCUUGAUACAUCACAAAUACAACUCAGACAAAUCCAGUACGUACCAGAAGAAUGGCACCGAUUUCGCCAUCCAUUAUGGAACCGGGAGCCUAUCAGGAUUCCUCAGCCAGGAUACUGUGGCGAUUGGUGACUUGGUUGUCAAGGACCAGGUCUUUGGUGAAGCAACUAAGCAGCCUGGCAUCACCUUCAUCGCAGCCAAGUUUGACGGGAUCAUGGGCAUGGCCUUCCCAAAGAUCUCUGUGGACAAAGUCACACCCUUCUUUGAUAAUGUCAUACUGCAGAAGCUGAUAGAGAAGAACAUCUUUUCCUUCUACCUCAACAGGGACCCACAAGCUCAGCCCGGAGGAGAGCUGCUUCUGGGGGGCACUGACCCCAAGUAUUAUACCGGAAACUUAGAGUGGGUGAAUGUCACACGCAAGGCAUACUGGCAGGUCCACAUGGAUGAAGUGGAUGUUGCCAACAGCCUGACCCUGUGCAAAGGGGGCUGUGAAGCCAUUGUGGACACGGGAACUUCACUUAUUACUGGGCCAACGGAGGAGGUGAAGGCGCUGCAGGCUGCCAUUGGGGCUAAACCACUCAUCAAAGGACAGUACGUGAUCCCCUGUGAUAAAGUGCCGUCCCUGCCCGUCGUCUCUCUCGUGCUCGGCGGGAAGCCCUACGCGCUCACCGGAGAACAGUACGUCUUCAAGAUUACUGUCCAGGGACAGACCAUCUGCAUGAGUGGCUUUUCAGCCCUGGACAUCCCACCUCCUGGGGGCCCGCUGUGGAUCCUGGGAGAUGUGUUCAUUGGCCCCUACUACACUGUGUUUGACCGUGAUAAUGACUCUGUUGGCUUUGCCAAGUGUGUCUGAGUGCCUUCCCCAUUGCACCUGCCACACACACACACACACACACACACAUACAUACACUAUAGAGAGUGAGUACCAGGGUUAGAAAGCAUAUGAAAUGAAUUAAAUUUGAAAUAUUUAAAAGGAAAAAAAUAAUUUGCCCUCGUAAUAACCCUUCUUUGAGUAAGUGAUAAUCAGAGAGCUCUAGCUGAUCACUCAAUCUAGAGUAGCCCCUGCCUUGUUAGAUCUUCCAGUUCUAUUUUAUAGAUGAGCUAUUGAAGCUGCACAAUGCCCACUCAUGUCUCCAAGCGCCAGCCUCACAAAUGGGGGAGCCAGCUUAUGAGAUCCAUGUGGUGACACCACUCCUCCUGCAGAGAACCCACAUUGGGAACGGAUGCUCUGUUGUAUUGGGUGGGUGAGAGGAGGAUUAUAUGUAGAUGCAGAAAACUUUCCCCUUCCUCUUCUCUAACCAGUGACAGGGAAAGGGAGCUGAGUUUUUCUUAUGGCUGAUGGGAGUCCCGUGAAGAACAGCAGCAAUCGCUUAGUGGCUCUUCAUAAGCUUGUGCUGCUUUAAUGUGUUUCCUUGUGAAACCGAUUGAUUUUUUUUUUUUCUUUUUCGCUUGUGGAGCUGAGGAGGGUGCCAGGGAGAUGACUGCAUGAGCCAGCCCUUAAAAUGCACAAGGGGAAGGUUUAGAAUCCAAACACCAUGAGCUGUGUUUCCUGUGGCGUGGCAGCACAGAGGAAAUGUGGCAUGGUGUCAUCCCUGCCCGGUAAGACACUUCGGCAGGGGUGGUUACAAUAGGGGCUCCAGCCAGUAGAAUCCUCAGGGAGCAGAAAUUGGAAGGGGACCAUGGGAGGGUUUGAUAGUGGUGUUUGAGUUCAUAUCUGCAACGGCCCGUCUUUAUGCGUAGGGCUGAGCAAAUCAGUUCAGAUGAAAGAAGACCCAAACUUUUCUUGAGGUUUGAAAUAGUUUGGUUGGAUGGGGGUCUUUUCUUCCUUAAUUUUUCCCAAACCUCAGGCCUCGCUGACUCUGUCCAGAGCUGUUAUCUGGCAGGUAACAUUUGUGAAAGCAUUAAAGCGCUUGUGAAAGCAUUUAAAGUUACCUAGAAGCCUUAGGUCCUGUAGACAGUCAAUGGGGAUUAGGUGCUUUUAAGUCACUUAAAUGCUUUUGAAAAUUGUCCUGGUGGUAUUUUUGAUCUGAUCAAACGAGACUGUUCACUCUCCUGAGAGAUGCUUACAAGACUUCCAGAGCAGAGGUUUGGGGAAGCAUCCAGAUGUUUCUCUUUACCAAAACUCUAAACAUUUGGAAGCCAGCUCAGCUGUACUCUACACUCCCUAUUCAGAACUGCAGCUUGCUUUUCCUUUAAAAAGCCAUGUAGCAGCCAUUGUAAACGUACACUGGGCAACAGAGAGAGAGGCACGUUGCCCUGUCUGGAGAGCUUAUGAAGGUCAUGCGCACAGACCCACACUCUCCCAGGAGUCAGGAAUUGUGGAUGCAAAGCUGUUCUCCCAGCUGGGCCCUUAGACAAAACAAAUGAAGGGUAGUGGUUGGGGAAGGGACGGCCAGUGGGGAUUGGUGGACAGAAGGAAGUUAAAAUUGGGUUUUGAGGAAGCAGGGGGGGAAGUGAGCUUAGCAGGGUUAUUCAAGGCUUUGAUCCAAACCCCACUGGGGUGAGCAGAGAGACUCCUAUUGGCUUUAGUGGGCUUUGGCUUGGCCCCUAAGUGUCUAAUCCAGCAUGAGCCAUGGUACAAAGUGGAGAGUAGAAAAGGGGUUAGAGAUCCAGAACCUCCCCUCUUGUGAACCAGUGCAACACUAAGGGUAGCAGUAACGUGAGGGGAAGGGGAGAAACGUACAGUAACAUGAAAUCCUGUCCUCAUUGAAUCAAUGGGCAUUUUGACACUGACUUUAAGGGAGCCAGGCUUCCCCCUGGGGAGCAGCUGUCAGUGAGUGCAGUCCUAUGCCUGGGGGCAUAAUGGAGGCUAAUCACACUAGGAGACAUGCGCUCUUUUCCCCCAGGUCCUAGCCAACCUUGAGCCUGCUGUCUGGGGAGAGAAAGGGGCUGCCAGUUCAGCAAGGGCCGUUCAGGGGAAAGAUCUAAACUGAGUCACGUCACAUCAGCCUGCUGAGCGUCGCCCUUUUCAAGUCCAUUGCACCUGUUAGGAAUUGGCAGUGUUUGGCUCAGACUUUAAUAACUGCCUCUGCUGCUCAGACUGGGCCGGGUGUUGUUUGUGUGUACUUAAUGCUUGCAAUCAUUACUCUUCCUCAGACACCUGGAAGGGGCUGCCUGAGGCAGCUGUGACUGGUGUGAAUGUAGUAGCUCUAAUAUAUGUCUCUGGCUGCACAGCCCCAGGAGUGAUGAAUAUGCUCUUCCUCCUAUUGCCUGCUGUUUGUUUACACUCUUCAGCUGCAGCCUCAGAUUAGAACCUGAAGGCAUCUGCUACAGCCUAACUAGGAAACAAUAGCAUGUUCCUAAAAACCAUCAAACACAAAGACUCAGCUGUCCUCCAGAGAGUCCUGUUUGCAAAUUGAUCAAGUGCCCAGAGCUCUUUAAAGUGUUGCUAAAUCCUAUCUCAGCUGAAGAAUUUAUCUCAUAGGUUGACUUAAAGAACUUUUCUCAGAUGCCUGUUAAUUAGAUUGGGUGGAAGAUGGUAACUCUCUAGCAGGGAAUUGACCAAGGUCAAAUUGGAUUAAGGAUCGAUUUGUUAACCCCUUCAAAUCAGGCACAGUGCAUUAUAAGAAGGCACCAUUGUACAGACAUUGCUGUUGAACAUAUAAUGCCUUAUAUUGUACAUGCUGUAGAAUGUCAACUGUAUGUUAACACUGAGCUAAUUUCUGUAUCAGACAUGCAGGAUGUUUACACCUGCGGGAAGAGUUUGAUCCAUGGUGAUGCCCUAAAUUAAAAGAUGCACCUUAAGGCAGGCUGGGGACGCAGUUUAUUUAAUGCAACACAUUUGCAGUGCAAAGAUCAUGGAGCUUCUGAAAUCAGUCUCUUCCCUUUUCUUUUAUUUGUGUUUUUCAAAGAGAGCUUGAACUGCUGCUUGACUGUUUUUCUUUUUUGAGCAAUCUCAUUUGCUGUCAAAACUCUUGUCUCGUUUAUUAUAGAAAAUUGAAAUGAAAAUGUAUUUUUCCCCCCUUUA